AUUGUAAUUUCUACAUCCAAACUGCCCCUAGUUGAUUCGUUGCAGCAAGAGCUUCCCGGCCUUGGGGAAGGAGAGUGGAGUGCAUUCAGCUCUUUUCGAGCAAUCCAAUGUCCGAUUCCGAUCCUCCAUUCUUUUCCCCAACCCCAAAUCCUCUCCUUUCUUACCCCUUCACAUCUUUGCUCUCCACUUCAACUCCUAGUCCAAACCCUAGCUCUAACUAUGACCUCCACGUCUCCUUCCAGGGCAAGCGCAAGCGCACUGGAGUCCGACGCAAAGCUCCCAUUGUCUCUACUCUUCAAUCGAACCCUCCUCUUCCUCCUAUUUCUCUUCCUCCUACCCCUCUUCCAACGCCGCCUAUAUCCCAAACUGCCAGUCCCUUAAAAAACCCCCUUGAAAAACCUAAUAUUCCAUCGGAUAUCUCCGAAGAGAUCAUUGUCAUCAACAGGGAGGCCACCAACGAGGCCCUCAUUGCCCUCACUGCCGGUUUUCCUGCGGACUCCCUUACCGAGGAGGAGAUCGAAGCUAAUGUCAUUUCCUCCAUUGGCGGAAUUGAGCAGGUGAACUACAUUCUCAUCCGUAACCAUAUUCUGUCCAGGUGGAGGGAGAACGUCUCAAAUUGGCUCACCAAGGAGUUUUUGGCAAGUGUGAUUCCAGACCAUUGUGAGGUGCUUUUGAAUUCUGCUUAUAAUUUCUUGGUUUCACAUGGUUAUGUGAACUUUGGCGUCGCCCCUGCAAUCAAGGAGAAAAUUCCGGCUGAGCCCACAAAACCAAGUAUCAUUAUCAUUGGUGCUGGCCUUGCAGGAUUGGCUGCGGCAAGGCAAUUGAUGUGUUUUGGGUUCAAAGUUGUGGUUUUGGAAGGGAGGAAGAGAAGUGGAGGUAGGGUUUAUACCAAGAGGAUGGAAGGAGGAAGCAAGUUUGCUGCUGCUGAUCUUGGUGGGAGUGUAUUGACAGGUACGCUUGGAAACCCUCUUGGAAUUAUUGGCAAGCAGCUCGGAUCAUCUCUUCAUAAGGUUAGAGACAAAUGCCCUUUGUAUAGACCUGAUGGUAAGCCUGUGAAUCCUGAUGUGGAUAUUAAAGUUGAGAAUGCAUUCAAUCGGCUGUUGGAAAAAACCAGCCGGCUGAGGCAGACCAUGGGGGAGGUCGCCGUGGAUGUAUCUCUUGGAGCUUCCUUAGAGGCUUUCAGGCAGGUUUAUGGUGAUGCUGUGACAGAUGAGGAGAUGAGCUUAUUCAAUUGGCAUUUGGCAAAUUUGGAAUAUGCCAAUGCUGGGCUCCUUUCAAAGUUGUCAUUAGCAUUUUGGGAUCAGGAUGAUCCCUAUGAUAUGGGUGGUGAUCACUGUUUCUUACCUGGUGGAAAUGGGCGCUUUGUUCAAGCUCUAGCUGAAAAUGUUCCAAUACUAUAUGAAAAGACUGUGCACACAAUUCGAUAUGGUGUUGAUGGAGUGCAAGUUAUUGCAGGAGGGCAGGUUUAUGAGGGUAACAUGGCACUUUGUACUGUUUCACUUGGGGUUCUAAAGAAUGGUUCAAUAAAGUUUGUGCCUGAGCUUCCUCAGAGAAAGCUUGAUGGAAUUAGGAGAUUGGGAUUUGGCUUAUUGAAUAAGGUUGCUAUGUUAUUUCCUUACGUGUUUUGGAGAACUGAUAUUGAUACUUUUGGACACUUAUCUGAAGAUCCAAGCCGUCGAGGGGAGUUCUUUCUGUUCUACAGUUAUGCUACAGUAGCUGGAGGUCCUCUCUUAAUCGCACUUGUUGCUGGUGAUGCAGCUCAUAAUUUUGAAAGCAUGCCCCCUAUGGAUGCUGUGUCAACAGUUCUUCAAAUUCUCAGAGGAAUCUUUGAACCACAAGGCAUUGAUGUUCCGGAUCCUCUCCAAAGUGUAUGUACUCGAUGGGGUACAGACUCUUUCAGCUUGGGAUCAUAUUCUCACGUUGCUGUCGGCGCAUCUGGGGAUGACUAUGAUAUCUUAGCGGAAAGUGUCGGCGAUGGACGGCUAUUCUUUGCCGGCGAAGCUACUACAAGGCGAUACCCUGCCACAAUGCAUGGAGCUUUCCUCAGUGGUCUCAGAGAGGCUGCUAAUAUGGCUCGCCAUGCGAAUGCUCGAUCUUUGAACAUCGAAGUCGAAAGGAGCCUUUCGAAGAACACUCAAUCUUGUGCUGCACUUCUUGAAGAUUUAUUCAGGGAACCUGAUCUAGAAUUUGGAAGCUUCUCGAUUAAUUUUGGUGGGAAAACUUCUGAUCCAAAAUCUACUGCAAUCUUAAGGGUAGCUCUUGGUGCUAUAAAGAAGAAGAGUAAUAGUGAGGGAACUAAAGCAGAUCAACAACAUUCAAACAAGUUGUUAUUUCAUCAACUACAGUCUCAUUACAACCAGCAACAGCAGCUUCAUGUCUACACUUUACUGUCACAGCAACAAGCUUUGGAACUGAGAGAGGUGAGAGGAGGUGAUGAAAUGAGGUUACAUUAUCUAUCUGAAAAGCUUGGUGUGAAAUUGGUAGGCCGAAAAGGUCUGGGACCUGCUGCUGAUGCUGCUAUUGCUUCCAUUAAGGCUGAGAGAGGAAUCCGAAGACCGCAAUAAGGUUUCGUUUCGGAUGACUUUCUAACUGCUUCUUAAAGCAGCUUUUUUAUACAAUUUUUUUUUUUUACUAAAAAAUUACUUUAAGAAGCCGUCCCAAACGAAGCCUAAAUCAGAAGACUUACAAAGGAAUAAUGGAGGGAGAGUUGUAGCUUCUGUAGCUUGUAGAAUGCGUUGUCCAACUUGUCUUCUCUCUUGAGCUUUACAGUAGUGAGAAACCAGUAGCAAGUAUCUUAUUUAGCCACCAUCCAAUUUUGACCCUUACAUUCCUGUAAAGUUUUCACUUUUGCCCCCCCUGUAAAUUAUAGUUAAUUUCUUACUGUAAUCAAUUUCAA